AUGGAACGAAAUCGAACUCUACUAUUGGCUAGCAUGGCGCUAGCUGCUCUUACAUUAUUAUUUGCAAUAAUUAGUUUAGCGACAUCUGGGUGGGGCGGAAUAAGUAUAUUUAGACCGACAGUUAGGACAGCUCCAGCCGCUUUAGGAAUACUUGCUGUAUUGUUUAUUAUUGCGUCAUUAAUCGUUACGGCGUUGGUCGUCUUUGCCAAAUUAUCGUCGAAAAUGAGUCUAUUACCCAUCGUCAUGUUUUUUCUCACUUCAUUAUUCACGAUGGGAACGCUGAUUGGUUUUUUCAAUGGCAAUGGCACAGCUGGCUACAGUUACAAUUUAAUGGCUACGGUCCAUGUGUUCAUUGUGAUUGCAGGUUUAAUUGCCGCUUUUGCCAGUGGUGUUCUUCUAGGCGGAAAAACGGGUGCAUAG